AUGGCAUCCGCAUCAGUUGCAAGUAGGGCAGCGAGUUCGCUUGGACGAACUAUUAAGACUGUUGCUGCUGAAACCAAUCAUCAAGUAAUUCUUGUUGAUCAAAAACAAGAAUUUCUCGACAAAAGCUUAAAUAUAAUUGACACAAGUUUAAAACGUGUCAUUAAAAAGAAAUUUGAAAAAGAUCAACAACGUGGCGAACAGUAUCUAAGUGAUGUUAAAGGUCGCAUUACAACCAGUACAAAUGUUAUUCAAGCCGUACAAUCAACAGAUCUUGUUAUCGAGGCAAUUAUUGAAAAUCUUGAAAUAAAACAAAAAUUAUUUCAACAAAUCGAUCAAGCAGCUCCAAAACAUACAAUUUUCACGAGUAACACAUCAUCGUUGCCAAUUACUGACAUUGCUAAAGAUGUUCAACGACAAGAUAAAUUCGGCGGUUUACACUUCUUUAACCCUGUACCGGUUAUGAAAUUACUUGAAGUGAUUCGUAUAUCAGGAACAAGUGAUGAAACAUUUCAAAUAUUAUUAAAUUUUGGCAAAGCACUAGGAAAAGCAACAGUUUCAUGCAAGGAUACACCAGGCUUCAUUGUUAACCGUUUAUUAGUACCUUAUCUUCUUGAAGCAGUUCGAAUGAUCGAACGUGGCGAUGCUACAGCUGAAGAUAUUGAUACAGCAAUGAAAUUAGGUGCUGGCUACCCAAUGGGUCCAAUUGAAUUGCUAGAUUAUGUUGGUUUAGAUACAUCAAAAUAUAUAGUUGAUGGAUGGAAAAAACUCUAUCCCAACGAGCCAUCAUUUCAAACAAGUGAAUUAUUAAAUAAAAUUGUUAGUGAAGGUAAAUUUGGCAAGAAAACUGGUGCUGGCUUUUACAAGUAUUCAAAAUAG